AGGACGUCAAACUUCCAGGAAAAAAAGGGGAGAAGAGAAAAAAAAAGUGAAUUGCAAAAUGCACCGACUCUCCUGAAUGAUUCAUAACGCACGCAUUAACCCAUCGAGUCUAGAGGCGACACCGACUGAACAUAGCACUCCUUGCGAUUGUCAUAACUGACACAUACAUCCAGCUACGUAUUAUCAGGUGCAAUUUUCCUCGUUGGCAAUUAGUCUUGGUAUUUAUCUCGUCUCACAAAUUAUCCGCAAUCUCGAUGGUUAUUUCUUGCCCCGUAUACAUGUGAACAAUUUGAGAGACUGAGUAUUGCGUUGUUGCGGCUGAGACAGCCACAAUAGACGAAAAAAGAUAAAUCGAGGGGAAAAAUAAAAAUAAAAUUAUGAAAAUCCCCGUGGACAACAGUUUUUUUAUCAUCUAUGCUAUAUAAAAAGCGUGACCAAGAGCCGAUGUUGAUCGAAUGAACUUGGGAGCAUUCGAUAGUGCGCAUCAACUACUAGUAGAUCAUCCCGAAGACUUGGGCGAGUCAGGGAGUUUUGAAUUCCUUGACCCUGAGACAUUUCGUAACACGAUGAAAUAUUUUUUCAUCUCCUCCAGAGAGUCGAUGAUAACGGUGAUAGAUAUUUUAAGCGUUCAUGUCGGGAAUCAUGAUAAAUUAAUUCGCGUGAAAUUUAUCUUCGGUGAUAUCAAUGUCACGUGGUAUUUGAUGAUGAUUGCGUCAUGGUUUCAUAUACAUAGUGGGCUACGUGGGGGAUGGGUAAGAACCGCGGGGAAAUCCCUCGCUCCUGUGUGAAUGUGUUAACACCCACUUUAACUUUGAAACGUACAUACAUUAGUAAUUCCACGUAUGGGUUACCAGUGACGUAGGGAGACUGGCCUCAACGUGAUUGUAAUCAUUCAGACGCGGUCUCAUCCGCGUUUGAACCGUCACGCGCAUCGCACUCUUUCCGAUUUUUUUUUCCAUAGUGGCUUCAAAAAGUGCUCAAUUUUACCGAUCGAUUUUUUGAUCUCGUAGAUUCAGUGAUUCAUCGGAUUUUACCCUUUGUUUUUCUCCCUUGUGAUUUUUUUUAUGGACAUUACGCGAAUGUUUUCCGACGGAAUGAACGACGACAUGUCUUCCAUCGUUGAUUAUCAUCGGAGCGAUCCGAUCCAGGGAUUUUUUCAAAUGUCCCCGCUGGACAAUGACGAACCCUACCCCACUAUUCUGGAUAUGGAUACGACGGAGAAUAAAGAGUGUCCUUACAGCAAGAGAGGAUGCGAAACCGCAAAAAAAAAGUUCUUUCUAGGGGAAGAAUUUGAUGAGGCCGAUGGCAAUGCUUGGUCCACCAAACCGAUUAAGGAGUGGAGCCAGGGAGAUACGAUAAACUGGCUAAUGUCAGCGGCGUCACAUAUGGGACAGGCAUAUUGCUCGAUUCAACAUACUUUGGCCAUUCCUGGAAGAGAUCUUAUCACAUUGACUAAACAAGAUUUUAUAUUUCAUGAUCGAGCUUAUGGGGACAAGCUUUAUGAUCUUUUGCAUUCACAGAGAGUCUCAAAUUUUUCACCACACUUUCCAUCGAUUCAUCAGACAUCCGAAGACGAGCGCACACACACGGGAUCGUCCACUGUUUCCGAUGCAGAGUCUGAAGACAGUGUGGAAGUGUCACCGAAGAGGCCGGGCCCUGGUCGACCGAAGGGGUUCAAGCAGAAAAAAAAUUCAACGAGUCAAGGCAAACUGUGGGAAUAUAUAAGAGAUCUUCUUAGAAAUCCAGAAACCUGCCCCAGUCUCAUUUGCUGGGAGGAUUACUCUCAGGCAAAGUUCAGGUUCGUCAGGAGUGAUGAAGUGGCGAAACGCUGGGGUGCGCGGAAGGGAAAUACGAAAAUGACUUAUGAGAAACUGAGUAGAGCCAUGAGGUAUUAUUACAAAAGCAAAAUCUUCCUUCCAGUCCUGGGACGUCGGUUAGUAUACCAAUUCGGCCCCAAUGCCAAAGGAUGGGAAACGGACAAUCCGAAUUUCCGUCGAUGAAUUACGAGAAUAAAGAAGACGAUGAGAUGAACGAGAAUGUGAUUUAGUUACGUUCCCCGAGCGUGUACCAACACGAUAUUGGGCGCUCAGUACUUACUUAAGGGUUUUUCCUCAGGAAGAUACUUACCGAUUGAUUUUUUUAGUGAAAAAUUGACAAACUGAAGCAGUGAUAACCUUCAGAUUUAAAUUUACAAUAUUGUUGUUCAUCAAUUUAUAUAAACGAUUUAUCUACGUAGCAGAUAUCAUCUAUUGAUUGGAUGGAUACUAAAUUCAGGAACUCAUCAAUUUCGAAUAAUUCACUUUUUUACUUUUCAUAUGAAUCCAUUUCGAAGUUUAUUGCGUUCUAAUGGUAUUGUUAUUGGCCCAUGAAUCGCAUGCCACAUUUCAUUGCAUUUACAGAGCUCAAGGAAAUUUUUUAAAAAUCUGAAAAAUUCAUACUGGCGAAAAGAUUCAUUCCUCUGCUUUGUGUAAUUGCGGCAAAGUAAUUUUCCAUCUAUACAAUUGUAUAUUAACAUAUCUUACAAACAAAUAACAGCAUUUAUGAGAAAUAAACAAACGAUUUUAUUUAUAAUUGUAA